AAUGGGAACAUUUAAAUAAAAAAAUAUUUUCCCUUUUUACUUUUAGGCAUUUUCAAUUCGGUGUUUAAUAAAUUAGCGGUUUGUGUUCCACGGGCGAUGUAAUGAUGCAAGCAGCAACCGGUAGUGAUUCACCUUUGACGUCACUUUGUAGUCCAUUUGACCUCGGAUGCCAGAGAAUCCAUUUGACGUGAAGCUAAGCUGCCGAAAGUUGUGUAACAGGGAAAACAAAAGGACACGGCUCCCGGGAGGACUCGUCCAUUUAAGUUGCACAGAGGGUAUCUCCUCAUACAUUAACCCUCUUAAUCCUUAUUUUGCGCUUUCGCCCUGCAAAAAUGUUUUCUCUGUCAACGUCGUUUCAGCCACAGCAGAUGAUACUGCCGCUCAGCCAGCUCAUCAACGCCCUCCACUCUCUGAAGAACUCAGCCACAGCCUCGGUCCAGACCCUGCACAGAGAUUUCCCCCCGGAGCACACUUCAUAUCUAAAAGAGCCCACUGUGAGUCUGAGGGAUCUGGGCCUAUCGGAUAUCAGGCUGAGUCAGUUGGAUGAGCUGGUCAGCAGGUUACUGCCUGCAUCGAGACCAGAGGAGCCUCCUGCUGUUCCUUCACCAUGGAGGACCAGUCACGUUUCUGGAGACAGCUUCUUCCACAACAAGCAUGGGUUCUCACACAGAAGGUUGGGGGUUUUCGGCUCUCCAGUAUUCCACAGACAGUACCACAGUCCUCUAAAAGAAGUGUGCUCAGAGCUACAAUUCCUGCCUGUGUGGGUGCAGAGUCGGGGUUUCAAGACACUCAGAACAAAGCCCAGACGAAUGGAGUCUGGUUAUGACGGCCCGGUGGAGUCUGAACCCUACACACCAGCCUUCAUGAAGGGGUUGCUUCAGAGGGAAAAGGGACCAGAGGCACAAUCGCUGGACCAACUGCUCAAACAUAAGAAUCUUCCAGACAACCAGCAGGAGGCUUUCAAGACUGGUUUCACUGAGGGCUUCAUGAGGUCUCAGGCCUACACUCAGAGAACACAAGACUCGCUGAGGAGAACCAGGGUGAUCCUGUUGGUCCUCCUACUUCUUGGUAUUUAUGGCUUGUCAAGAACCCCGUUUCUCUCGGGUAAAGGCUCCUUUUCUGAUGCUGUGAGGUUCCGCACCACAUCUGGUCUUGACUCAGCCGUCGACCCCAUCCAGGUGAAGAAUGUGACAUUUGAGCAUGUCAAAGGAGUGGAGGAGGCGAAGAAUGAAUUACAAGAUGUUGUCGAGUUUCUCAAGAACCCCCAAAAGUUCACUGUUCUCGGUGGAAAGCUGCCCAAAGGGAUCCUCCUUGUAGGUCCACCAGGCACAGGAAAAACUCUGUUGGCGCGAGCUGUGGCCGGGGAGGCCGACGUGCCUUUCUACUACGCCUCAGGAUCAGAGUUUGAUGAGAUGUUUGUGGGUGUUGGUGCGAGCCGAAUCAGGAACCUUUUCAAAGAGGCAAAAGCGAAUGCUCCCUGCGUGAUCUUCAUCGAUGAGUUGGACAGCGUUGGCGGAAAGAGGAUUGAGUCUCCUAUGCAUCCAUAUUCCAGACAAACAAUCAACCAGCUGCUGGCUGAAAUGGACGGGUUUAAACCAAAUGAAGGCGUCAUCGUUGUUGGUGCUACAAACUUCGCAGAGGCUUUGGAUAAUGCUCUGGUAAGACCAGGGAGGUUUGACAUGCAGGUGACGGUCCCUCGCCCAGACGUGAAGGGACGCACUGAAAUUCUCAACUGGUACCUCUCCAAGAUCAAAGUGGACACUGCUGUGGAUGCGGAGAUCAUCGCCCGAGGCACAGUGGGCUUCUCUGGUGCGGAGUUGGAGAACCUGGUCAACCAGGCAGCCCUGAAGGCGGCCGUGGACGAGAAAGAGAUGGUCACAAUGAAGGAGUUGGAGUUCUCCAAGGACAAGAUCCUCAUGGGCCCUGAGAGGAGGAGCGUUGAAAUUGACAAGAAGAACAAGACCAUCACAGCCUACCAUGAGUCGGGCCAUGCCAUCGUUGCCUAUUUCACCAAAGAUGCAAUGCCCAUCAACAAGGCCACUAUCAUGCCUCGGGGCCCAACUCUUGGACAUGUGUCCAUGCUCCCAGAGAAUGACCGCUGGAGCGAGACGAGAGCUCAGCUGCUGGCUCAGAUGGAUGUCAGUAUGGGCGGCCGAGUCGCAGAGGAGCUCAUCUUUGGAGAUGACAACAUCACCACAGGAGCCUCUAGCGACUUCGAUGGAGCAACCAAAAUAGCAAAGAUGAUGGUGACUAGGUUCGGCAUGAGUGACAAGCUCGGUGUCAUGACCUACGGUGACGUAACCAAACAGAGCCCCGAGACACAAGCUGCUAUCGAACAGGAAGUCAGGAUUUUACUCAAGGACUCAUAUGAACGUGCUAAAAACCUCCUGAAGACCUACAGUAAGGAGCACAAGACGCUAGCUGACGCCCUUCUACAAUAUGAAACUCUGGACGCCAAAGAGAUCAAGAUGGUGCUGGAGGGCAAACCACUGGACCACAUGAUAACUCAGUAGAUGUUUUAGACUCUUGUAUCCUGUGUAUAUAUAUGAAGCUGUGCAAUUAUGCACAGGCCUUUUGGAGGUCUUGUAUUUCAUUUGUUUGUAUCCCUCUUAUUAUCAAUGUGAAGACGAGACGGAAAUGAUUUACUUUCACCCCCUUCUACAAAGUUUUAUUUGGUUAAUUUUAAUUUCUUUGGAUUUUCCUGUAGAGACAAGGAAUCACAGCAGGUUUUAAAGCACUUUGAGGUUUAAUUGGAUGAAACUGAAAAUUUGCUCUCCAGGUUUUUGUCUACCACAGUUCACAAAGAUGUUAUACCAAGUAGCCUCUCUGUCAUCUGCUCUGAAGAUAAAUGACUUCUGUCGUAGUUUUAUACAUCAGAGUCAUAUCUGGUAUCAUAACAGGGUUCCAAUACAAAUGAUUUAGACAACAAUCAUGAUUAAUGAUGGUGAGAUGAUUUAAUUCACGUGGCUAUGUCUCAUUUUAAAUCUGUACAGACUUGUGAACACCGUAGGACCUUAAAUUACCUCAGUCUAGAAUGUACCAUUUGGCUGUAGCAAGGUACAGGUGAUACAGAUCGCUGUUCAUGCUGAACUCUUCAUUUUACAGUGUUGUUUCAAAACAUGAUGCCCUUCAGUUGCAUCCACCAUAUGCUAUCUAUUUUGUGUAUUCUUAUUUAUUUAAGUGCCCAAAGGUGUGUCCUCUUUUUUUUUUUUUGACAUUAGUGCUAGGCCCUCAUGUCCUACUCUGAGAUCACCUGUAACUGAUAAAUGAGGGGAAAUGUGUAAAUACUGUAAGCGUGUGCAAAGAUUUGGCUUUGUGCUUCUGUUUGUUCCUUUAGAUGAAGGCCAUGUGAAGCUCAAAUAAAGGUUACUCUUACCCAUGAA